AUGGCCAACGUACUAAACGUCCCCGACAAGACCUUCACCCGCGAGGAGGUCAAGAAGCACAACACCGAGGACAGCACGUGGUUCAUCAUCGACUCCGUCGUCUACGAUGUCUCCGAGUUCCUCGACGCCCACCCCGGUGGUGAGGCCGUCCUCCGCCAGGUCGGCGGCACGGACGCCACCUCGGCCUUCUACAACCUCCACAGGCACGAGGUCCUGAUCAAGUACAACGACCUGGCCAUCGGGACCAUCAAGGGCGAGAAGCAGUCCAUCAUCACCCCCCGGCCCGGCGACCUCUCCCCCGUGCCCUAUGCCGAGCCCCUCUGGCUUACCCCCCAGUUCAAGAGCCCCUACUUCAACGACAGCCACCGCAGCCUCCAGAAGGCCAUCCGCAAGUUCACCGAUGAGGUGCUGGCGCCCGAGGCUCUCGAGAAGGAGCGCACCGGCGAGCUCAUCAGCCAGGACCUGAUCGACAAGAUGUCCAAGGCCGGCAUCCUGCACAUGCGCAUGGGCCCCGGCAAGCACCUGCACGGCGUCAACCUGCUCAACGGCGCCGUCAAGGGCGAGGAGUUCGACUACUUCCACGACAUGAUCAUGGCGCAGGAGCAGGUGCGCGUGGCGUGCCGCGGCUUCCAGGACGGCAACAUGGCCGGCAUGGUCAUCGGCCUGACGUGCAUCCUCAACUACGGCGACAAGAACCCGGCCCUCAAAAAGCGCAUCACCGAGGAGGUCUUUUCCGGCAAGAAGAAGAUCUGCCUGGCCAUCACCGAGGCCUUUGCGGGCUCCGACGUCGCCGGCCUGCGCACCACGGCCACCAAGACCCCCGACGGCAAGCACUACAUCGUCAACGGCACCAAGAAGUGGAUCACCAACGGUGUCUUCUCCGACUACUUCGUCACCGGCGUCAAGACCGACAAGGGUCUGUCCGUGCUCGUCAUCGAGCGCGGCGAGGGCGUCGAGACCAAGCCCAUCAAGACCUCGUACUCGCCCGCGGCCGGUACCACGUACAUCACCUUCGACAACGUCAAGGUGCCCGUCGAGAACCUGCUUGGCGAGGAGAACAAGGGCAUCUAUGUCAUCCUCUCCAACUUCAACCACGAGCGCUGGAUGAUGGCCUGCGCCACCAUCCGCUACAUGCGUCUCGUCGUCGAGGAGUCCCUCAAGUGGGCCCACCAGCGUCUUGUCUUUGGCAAGCGUCUAAUCGAUCAGCCCGUCAUUCGCCAGAAGUUGGCCAAGAUGAUUGCCCUUUGCGAGGCUCACCAGUCUUGGCUUGAGACCAUCACCUACCAAAUGAACCACAUGCCCUACUCCGAACAAGCCAAGCACCUCGGCGGUCCCAUCGCCCUUCUCAAGAUGUCGUGCACCCGCGCCGCCCACGAGAUCGCCGACGAGUCCGUGCAGAUCUGGGGUGGUCGUGGCCUGACCCAGACGGGCAUGGGUCGCGUCAUCGAGAACUUCAACCGCGGCUACAAGUUCGAUGCUAUCCUUGGUGGUGCUGAGGAGGUCCUUGGUGAUCUUGGUGUCAGGCAGGCUAUGAAGUUUAUGCCCAAGGCUGUCUUGUAA